CAAAUCAUUUUGGGACGGAACGUACGGACCGACGACCGCUUUCGCAUUUGUUUCUUCCGUAAUCGCUUCAUCACAGGAUCGCACCAUGGAGAGGGUGGAUUUCAAACAGAAGUGGGCCCAGCCGGUGCCUGUCGACAGGAUGCAGGAGGCGGAGCGCUUCUACACCGACGUGCUGAAGGCCGCGUGUCGGGCACAGGAGCGAAGCGGCGGCUUGCCGAUAGUCCAGACCUGCGCCGUGGCGGGGCUGGGAGAGUUGUACCUGCUCCGUCACGACCCCAAGUCUCUCGUGAAAGCAGCGGCGCUCUUCAACACCGCUCUGGAGCUGUGUAAGCAAGAAGGCUCUCAAGAAGACAGUGAAAAUGACGUCGCUGCUCCUGAGGAUGAUUUGUCGAUGCUAAUCGACCCUGAAGAAGAGGGGCGACAAGGAGGAGGUCUGCUUGCUGACUACAAGAGACGACUUUCCCCGCGGAGGGAGAAAUGUGCCGCAGCGUUCGCCCGUCUCCUCCAGACGUGGACCAGAGACGCUGCCGACAUCGCCGACAUGCCUGAAGCCCACCGCCCCCAGAUAGACGCAUCAGAAGAAGGUGGUUCCUCUCUUGAAAGUUCUGAAUCUCUGGCCAGCCAAGGAUACGCCUACCUGAAGGAUGAUGAGUACCCCAAAGCCGCCUUCCUUCUGAAAAAGGCGCUGGCCGCCUGCGGGGAUAAAGACGCCGAGAACAGGGCGAAAUACAGCCAGGAUCUGGGCGCCGCCUUGCGAAAAAUGGGGGACGUGCAACAAGCGGUCAUCCACUUGAAGGGCGCCCUGCAGGAGAGAAUCCAACUGAACCAUGAGGCGGAUGAGGGCGACGUCGCCACUGCGCAGGCGCUGGCGCUGUUCGGAGCGUGUCUGUCCGCAGGGGGGCAGUUCGACCUGGCGCAUGCGUACUUCGAGGCUGCCGAGGAGACCCUGCCGAUGUAUUUCGAUGACGACAGCGACCCGGACUUCUCGGAGGGCAGGAAGGUGAACGACCUGCUGCGGAUGGCGUCUCUCGCGCGCGAGGGGAGGACCGCCGAGGCCGGGCGCAUCUUCGCGAACGUGGACCCGAGCUCGCCGGACCUGUACCGCAGCCUGGCCAGUCAGACCUACGACAGGGGGAUGCUGAUGGAGACCAUCCAGUUCCACGAGGCGGCCUCGGCUUUCGCUCCCGACAACACCUCCAACCAGCACAACAUGGCCUGCAUGUACCACGCACGUGCGCAGCACGCAAGGGACGCCGGGAACGAUGACGUAUACGACGAGAUGGUCCGACUGGCCGAGAAGAACUUUCAACAGGCCAUCAGUCAGAACAGGAAGGACGGAAUACCCGGUAUGGGGAUGGGCCUGCUUGCGGAGUACGGAAACUUCCUGUGCCGCACCGGGCGGUGGGCUGACGCAGUGCCGGUGCUGAGGGACGUCGUGGCCCGCCCCAAGUCUGCCGAGGACGCGUCCGGACUCAUCUACAACCAGAUGGAGAUGACCACGCUGCUCGACGAGAUAAAAGCAGAAGUCAAGAACGCCAAGGACAGGUCUCUGCCGGUGAGCCAGCGUCACUUCGCCUACUACCUACUGACCCGCGCGCUGAAGGAGACAGGGGAAGGGGAGAAGGCCGCAGAAACCGUUCGAGAAUUCCAGGCGGACGUCGACAGCGGCGACAAGCCGUUCUCCUGGUCGUUGAUAGGAUACGCGUUGCGUCACGCGGGCCGUCCGGAAGAGGCGAGCGCCGCGUUUAUGCGGGCGUUCGAUCGCGAGAGGUCGUCAGAGGGAGACCUGGCGAGGCAGAAUUUCACCGCGUGCGUCGUCUCUUCCGACCUGAACAAACCAGACGGACCUGAGGGACAACAGACCUACAAACCAUCGGAAGAGGAGAUCCUGGACCUGGAUUGACACUGUGUGACACUUCACUUCUGCUUUAAGUACUCAGCUGUAGUGCUUGCACAACUGUGUGGCCCAAGAGCUACAGAAAUGGAGAUGAGCGCCACACAGAGUAUGACGGGACCUUUUUUUUUUUAGCACUCAGCAUUUGGGAAAGAGUAUGAGAGUUAAAUACACACCACUACCAGUGGACUAGCCCCAGCUGUUAUGUGAUUGCACAACUGUGUGGCUCAAAGGCUACAGAGACGGAGAUAGGCGCCGCCCUAUGCACCAUAUAUACUAGUAGGUCCGGGAAGGAAUUUCGACUUUGAAUUUGACAGUUACAGCAAAGACAGAAUGUACGGAACUCACAAAAAUACAUGUAUUCCCUCUUCUUCUUUUUUUUAUCCUCAUCAUGUUAUUGGUGUUAUUCUGUCGAUAAUAACAUGUUACUGGAUGCUCUUGUAUAGUAUAGAAUAGAGAAUUGGAAGCACAUUAUGUGGAUUUCUAAGGCAAUGUAAUGAC